AUGAAGAUGCCUCGUCAGCAGAAUACUAAGCAGAACAGUGAAUACGAGAAUAACAGCGAAAAUAUGAAUAGGGUUUCUAGACUUGGAAUGGGUGAAUCAUUGAAAUUAUUAGGGUUGUAUAAGAAAUUCUCAGUAAUGGAUACGGCUAUGGGACACAAUUUAAUGUUAAGUGCAGCAAGGCAUAAGAAAGAUCCACGCAUAGCAGUGUCAGCCGGAAAUGAUGGUUUCGUUCACGUUUUCGAUGCGGAUACGGGAGAAAUUCAGGGGAGCGUACAGUUACAACAGAGUGACAAAGUUCGUGGGAUUACAUGGUGCGAAGUACGUCCAGAUCUACUAGCGAUACAAUACUAUCAGCAUGCGACAGAAUUCCGAUCGAUAGAAAGCGGUGAUGAGGAAAGUACUGUUGGUCGACUUGAUGUCAACCUAGUACCGGCAUGGGUUAGCGCUGCUCCUGUUGGAGCAUCGUUUGCUGCUGGUGGACGUAUGGCGACCCACUACCGGCUGUGGGAUGAUGUGAAACAGGCGUGGCAGUAUACCGUUGAGCUUAGGAAGCUGCCUGUUAAUCAAACGCUCUACACUUCUGCAAUGGAACUUCAAAAUGCAUGCGACGGUAACACAUUUGGACCUUAUUGCGAAGACAGGGCACAUUCCACUGAGGAUCACAAUUUGCAAACUCUGUGGACUUUCUUAGCGGCGCUCAGCAAUAAGCAAGGUCGACGGGAGUUCGUACGCAUUCUGGGUUAUGGUGCAGAAGGUUCUACUUCUAAAGAAUCACGAACAUCAGUGACAUCUAAUGAAGUCACUCAACUGACUAACAUCAUGUCAUCCAUGAACUCUUCAUUACCUCGGCAAAAUGGUAAUAACGGCGAUACGGUAUCAGACGACGAUUCUACCAAUAGUGAAAGGUUCGCUAGGCAACCAGAACUUGACUGGAAUCGUCUUGAUAAUAGUGACUGGUCUGUACUCGAUAAUCUGAUCAAUCAUGGGGAAGAGGUGGUAAUCGAUAGUCUCUUAGAGCAAAAAGAUUUUUCAAUGGCGUUUAUGCUAGCACGGGACAGUACAAGUCUAAUGCGAUAUGUGGUUAGACGUUUCGUUUCAGAAGAAUUGGCACCGUCACAGCGACUUUUUUCGUUAAUAGCCACAGAAUGUUUCGAUCAGCUAGUGGAGACCUUCCCUCGUGAGCAUUGGAGGAGGUUAUUAGCACUUGUGCUAAUGCGAGCAGAUCGGUCUCAUUUGAUUCGUACAAUGCGUAGAAUUGCGACUCGUUGGACCGAGCACGGAGGCGCAGAAACCAUACAUGCCGCUUUCGCCGCCAUCAUUGCUAGCGAUCUAGAAUUACUAUUGUCCGCAAAUCGUGACUAUUCUUUAGAUGAAAGAAUACAGCAAGCCAUAGUACUACAAAAAGUGUCAGGUGCCAACGUUGAUGCGGAUUAUGAGAGACUUUUACUCGACUACUGCGAGAAACUCAUUCACGGAGGAGUUAGUGAUGCAGCUUGGCGAUUGCUUAGUAACUUCGAAGCAACAGAUGAGCGUCUACUUGCUCUUCGUCACGACUUGUUCCAAAUAUGUGGAAGAGAAGAACGUACUAUGAGCAGGGAACCAAGAAAUCCUAGAUCGAAAUAUGUUAAGGAAAUCGCAAGCGCUCUGUCACCCUCACGUCCACAACUCAAACAUCCUGUGUUUCCACCAUCAAGCGCAGCAUCAUCGCAACAUUUGCCGCCACCACACCAUAGGCCCAUUGGAAAUCCUCCAGUCGCUACAACACACCUCCCAAGAAUGCCACCAUUCCCUUCUGCUGCACAAUAUCCCACUGCUUCCUCCUUUGGUGGAUAUUCUCCGACUCCCUCGUUGACGACUCCUGGAAUGCCAUCGUUUCCUGGAUAUCCAUCGACUCUCAGUCCACCCAUGCACAAUCAACUACCAACUGUACCUGGAUUCAAUUCAGUUCCAACGCCGCUUCCACCACCGCCCAUAGCGCAAACGGUGCAAACAGCACAUGUACCCCCUUCAGCCAUACCUACUACUUACAACAAUUACACAUCUUACUCUCAAGCAAAUCCACCAGUUGCACUGCCCGCCGGGAAUUCAGUGCACGGCUAUGUACAGCAGGAUCGGCCAAUCUCGACAGUAUCAGCUUCAUCUACCGGUGGUGGUAUUGAGGAUGCGCAGAACUGGACAGCUGGGUGGAAUGAUCCCCCAUCGUUGCCUGGCAAAAAAUCGUCCACAUCGGCUGCACCUGUGUUUGAGGUGAACUGGAAACCUCUUGAUCCUACUCCGGUCACUCUUCCUAAUGGGCUCCCUGGCGUAGCCAGCGGAGCACCGAUGAGAGCGCCGUCAGCGGUUCCAUCUCAACAUCAGCAAGAGCGUCGUGAGAUGCCACAGGUGCGUUUAUCUGUGGAGGAUCAAGCGAUAAUGGAUAGGUUUUAUCAUUUGAUUGAAUCUGUUAUUUCCGUCAACAGAACACCGGUUGCUCUUCACAAGGCCGAUGAGGCGAAAACUCGUCUUGGAUGUGAAUUAGCUCCACGAUUAGCUGCAGGAAGGUUGACUCUAGCAACUCGUCAGUUAUUGUGGCAGAGCUGUGAGCAGGCUUCCAAGGGAGACUACCGUUCAGCUCUAGCUACUUGUGCCCAAAUGGUCCGAGCAGGUGGAGAUUUUGUGGAGGUUUCCGCCUUCGUACCGGCGCUCAAGUCCUUAUUCUCGCUAGCGCAGUCGACAUUUGCCAGAUGA